AUGCCGCCUCAAGUACGUACUCCUUCUUCGCUCCAUGGACGGCCAGGACGUUCUGACGAAACCUAUCGCGAGCAGUCGCACGCGAAGGCACUUUGCCCCUCAUUGCACUUUGAAGCUUGUCCGCCGCUUCCUUUGAACCCGCAACAAUUUCUUACGCCUCCUGCUCUUCGUCUUUCUGAAUGCUCCAUACCUGCUACAGAACUCACCGAUCGCCCCUUCCCCACUGCCCUGAUGCCGAAGAAACUCUCGAAGAAUCCCCAAGGAGGGAGCACCACAAACCUUGGGACGCCCUCGACCUCGACAACGAAUUCCACCUCCCUCUCCCUUCCUCGAAUCCUGACCGACGAGCUCCCCCUUCCGAAGCUCAUUGUUUUCGACCUCGAUUACACCCUCUGGCCCUUUUGGGUCGAUACACACGUCUCCGGCCCGCUUAAAGCCAAUGCGACACAUUCGGCAGUCACAGACCGUCACGGCGAGUCCUUUGCCUUCUACCAGGACGUGCCGCGAAUACUCUACACUCUGCCACUGGCAGGCAUCAAAAUCGCAGUCGCGUCACGGACAUCGGCACCCGAUCUUGCCCGGGAUAUGCUGAAGCUUCUACACGUUCCGCCGCCGAGUGCCGAGGAAGGAGGGAGUGGCAAGAAGGAGAAGACAAAGCGGGCGCUCGAGUACUUCGACGCACCGUUGGAAAUAUAUCCUAGUAGCAAGAUAAAACAUUUCGAGACCAUUUUCAAGAAGACAGGUAUCCCAUUUACGGAUAUGCUGUUCUUUGACGAUGAGAGUCGAAAUCGGGAGACGGAGAGCUUGGGCGUCACCAUGCAGCUCGUGAGGGAUGGUGUGACGUGGAACGAGAUCGAGAAGGGUGUGGCGGAGUGGCGCAAGAGAAGGGGAUACUCGGGAUAG